CAUUCUGGAACCCACAGCUGUGCUUAGAACUCACUGUUGACGUGACAAUUUGAGCUAUGCGGUGAUUUCUCUAAGGAUAAACAGAUCCAUCACUUCCCAGAGUCACAGAAGCCGCCGGACUUGGAGCCUCCGCCAUGACCAGCCAGUCUCAAGGGAUCCACCAGCUCCUCCAGGCAGAGAAAAGGGCCAAGGACAAGCUCGAGGAGGCUAAGAAGAGAAAAGCCAAGCGUUUGCGGCAAGCCAAGGAGGAAGCAAUGGCAGAAAUUGACCAGUACAGAAUGCAGAGAGAUCAGGAAUUUCGACAGAAACACGCUAAGUGUCCCAAAUAUUCAAGCAGCAGACUUUGGCCAAGAAGAGCAGUAGAACAGAUAAUGGGAUCUCAGAGUAAUAUCUCGGAAGAAAUAGAAGUGCAAACCCUAGAGAAGAUAAAAGAACUGAAUGGAAGCUACAACAAGUCCAUGGAAAGUGUGAUCAACCAGCUUUUGAGCAUCGUCUGUGACGUGAAACCAGAAAUCCAUGCAAACUACAGAAUCGCCAACUAAAUGUGCACACUAUUGUUCAAUAAACAGUGUCUGCAUGCCC